GUUAUUUCAGUGUCUGACUGACGCGCCUUACAGGACUCGGAACGCGUGCUCGACAAUCUUACGAGCCCAUGCGUUGAGUCCUGUUUGGUACCGGCCAGAGACACCGUUCCAAAUUUAUACUCGUUCAUUGUUUAAAUAAAGAACACCAAUUAUCUAAUGGUUAGUGAUAAUGAUAACUGGCCAGUGUUAAGUGAAUUGUGAAAGACGUUGGACCAUAGAUAAGUGUUGUGUUUUUUGACAAAAGUUUUAGUGUUAAUGAUUAUUAAGGAUUUAUUGAGUGAAAAUGGGGAAAAAGAGAAAGAAUAGUGCUAAGAAAGGAGGCAACAGAUUUUUUCGCUGGAUCAGGAGUGACUUACCCGAUGAAGAGGACAAGAAAUCCCCCGUCCUGCUCUUAGGCGUGAACAAAAUAUCCGAUUCACCGUUCGUUCGCCGACGAUCCACCGAGCCCCACACAUCCGGGUCCAUUCGGUUCUUCCGACCUCCCAAGUCCAAGUACACCCGCGGUCUCCAUGGCGACGAGAGGUUGGAAAAGAUCAGACAAGACCUCCAGACGCACAAGCAAAGACCAGAGAGGUACAUUCCAGAUAAACAUGAGGUUUCUCUAGAACCCGAAGACAAAAACUGUCUCAGGCUCAGCUGCGUCGGAAAUUGUAUCUGUGAUAGAAAGAGAUCGUCCAACCGAGGCUCUUUCUCUUUCCAUCGGCCCGACCGGACUUCAGAAAGCUUUACCACUGAGAGGAAAGACUCUGAGAGCGAUAUCGAGUUUAAAUAUACCGAGCACAUUCCUGAUACUGAACCCAGUACAAGCAAACAGAAUUCCUACAAUAUCACUCCAAAAUCGACUGAACGCCGGCACUUCCUGCUCGCGAAUCUCAACGAGCGGUUUCGGAAAACCCUCAGCUUAGAUUCUCGCAAGAUAGAAACUAAUAGAGUGCCGCUGAGUCUGCCUAAGGAAACUCGGCCUAAAUCCCUUGUGAACACUAGUAAUAUCUGCGUGCAGCAAUUUAAAACCGGAGAUCCGUUUGCGAAUACUAAUUUUGAUAGGACUAACCAACCAAAAAAGAAGCGGAAAUCGUUUUUCUCCCUAGACGCAUUCUUCGAUAAAAGUCUGACACGUCAUCCGUGGAUGACUACUGCUCCUCUAAAUAUAAGCGUUUUGAGCUGGAAAGCGACGACUCACCGCUCUUCCGGCGUGAUCUCUCCAAAAAUCGCGAGAAAACUCCAGACCUUCUCAAUCUCCCUGUGAUCAUCGACUCGGUUCGGAAAAAACAAUCAGAUACUAAAAGACAAUUGGAGAAAUUAGAAAGCCAUUUCUACAGGAGUUUGAAUAAACAAACGGUUAUAGACGCGGUCCCUAAAGACGCGACCGACGUACAAGGCCCUAGCGGGCAUACCAAUCACAUAUACGUCGACGAUGACGACGUAGAAUACAUUGAGCCUAUACGUAGCAACUUUACCAGUCAGAGCACGCUUAUUCUAGAUAAAAAUCUGACUGGAGAUCACACUUUAAAGCCUGAUUCUAUACUAACUAUUAACACCGAUGAAACUGAUAUACAAUUACCUAGUUCGACCGUUUCUCCAAAGUCUAAUGAAGUUAGGAUUACUGAUAAUGAUCUGGACAGCAUAGGAGCGUAUGAAGUGGAGGUCAAGGAGUCUGACUUGCUUAAAGCCUGUGCUAAGGAACUGACAGUUAAAGUAAUGGAUAAAUCAGUGGACUCGAUCGGCAGUUGCUCGCUAGACGUGGAUGCUAGCACAGACUUCUCAGAUACAACAUCCGGUAGUCUAAACCUGCUGACGCCCUCAUCCACCACUAGUCGCAUCCGGGACUUCACAUCUCGCAUCCAGGAGCGCGCAUCCGCCCCCUUCUCCCACCCAACCCCCCUCGUCACCCCCGCUCGCACCCCAGAAGACCUCACCCCCACCCCCAAACGAUCAGACAACCUCCUCAAACCACCCCCUAAAGUUCACGUCGACUCUGGCAGCCACCGAUCUAGAGGACACCAUAAGAAACGAGACGAAAUCCCUCAUAAAAAACCUUCUUACUUAAACCUAGCUUGCUCCGUCAACGGAUACACUAAUCUAACCACCUACGACUCAAAACUAAGACAGGAUAUCAAUAAGAGUAGAGAAGCAUCCCCUAUUAGACCUAUAACCCACACAUACCAGUAUAAAAGUGAAAAUAACUCCCUUCUCGUACCAGUCCCCGUCAGCGCCAAUAAACUGCUCGUCCCGACCUUCGGGCCCCAUGAUACUCGCGCCGAUUUGACAGCGAGAGCGCCUGCCAAGGCGCACACGGACCCUUACCUAGCGACAUCCCCCUUACAUGCCUUCAUGGCUGCCGAAAACAAACAGCUGAAAAACGACUUCCUAGGACCAAGCAUGACUACAGCUAGCAGAACCUUCAUGUCGACAGAAAGCAAGUCUUUCGCGACCGCCAUGCUUCAUAAAAGCGAUGAAGUCGACAACGCUACCUUUAAAUCCAGCUAUUCUGAAACGAAUUUCAGAAAAACUACUAAUGGUAAAGAAUCCCGCUUCAUGAGCUCAGAAUCUUACACCAUCUCAUCCAAUGGAGUCUCAAAGAGAAUGGAAAUCACUAAAGAAAAUGGAGAAUCUUUGACGAGCCCUAUGAAAAGCUUUAUUCAACAGCGAGUCGAAAGACUAUACGGCCCGGGAGCGUUAGCUCAAGGCUUUUUCAACCAAAAACGUCAAUCCAGAAGCGAAGAAGAAGAAUCUAGAAUACUCACUGAGAAAUCUUUGAAUUGUUCUAGAGAGUAUACACAUAGGCGAUCUAGUGAUGAAAGUGAUUUUAGUACUAACGGAGAUGAGCCUAACCUUCCUGUCCUAAGGCAUUUAAGGCCUGAAUUCAGAGCUCAACUACCAAUAAUGUCUCCAAAGAAGAAUUUGAAGGUGGAAUCCCCGAAGGCAGACAUUCCGAAGCCAGUGAAGACUGAAGAAGUGAGCGUAGUGACGAAUGGUGUAUCUGUGAUAAGUGUGGACAGUGUGGAAGUGAAGAAGGACAACGGUGUGGGGGUGAAUGGAGGGGAGGUGGUGGAGGACGCGCACUACUUCCUGGACCUGGAGAAGAAAGAGACUGAACGGCUGAUCGCGCUCGCGGUCACGGCGGAGAAGGAGUUGGAGAAUUUGAAGGAGGAUGAGGUGAGUGAGGAGGUCCUCGGCCUGCUGCGCUCGGCGUCGGGCAAGGCGCGGCUGCUGGCCACGCAGAAGAUGCAGCAGUUCCAAGGCCUCUGCUACAACAACAUAAACUCGCGUGGAGACGAACAGUUCCCCACCACCGUCUCCGACCUCCGAGGGUUCUGGGACAUGGUGUGCCUCCAAGUCAGACAUGUGGACGCUCUGUUCGAACAGCUGGCUGCGUUGAAGAGCAACGGAUGGAGAGAGCCGUCGCCAGUAACUAAGGCCCCCUCCACACCGGUGGCAGCGUCGCCGCGCAACCGUCCGCGCGCGACUCCGCAGCCCAAGAACGAGAAGGCGAGACUCGCUGCUGAGAAACGAGAGGCUGACAGGAAGGCCAUGCUCGAACACAGGAGGCGCGUGGCUCGCGAGAGACAGCUGGCGGCCGCGGCGGGCCCGAGCCGCGAGGAGCACACGGGCGUCGAGGGCAGCCAGGAAGUGGAGAUCUUCGUGGGAAAGACCAGCAAACCGUCGAAGGUGCAGCCGCUGGGGGACUGCCGCAGCAACCAGUCGCAGGACUCCAACGAGAGCUGAUUCCACUACUCAUAAGUGUCACAAAAAGCUGGGUGGAAGCAGAGACGAGCGCGGAUAUUUAUACUGUACUUAUAAUAAUAUUUUAUAACUUAUUUAAAUUUUUUACGUCAUAUUUAUAUUUUGUAUCAAACCCCCCAUGACCCCCCCUAAGUCAGUAUACACGUGUUUGUCUUAUUUAUUAUUUGUUUGAUUUUUGUGUUGCUAGUGCAUGAAUUCUUUUUUAAAAUUAUAAGCAACAGUAAAAUAUUCGAGGUAACGUUCAAAAUUGAUAAUAAAAUUAGUUUAGUAUUUAGUUUAAUUGUAUAUUUGACGAAAUAAUGUAAUAAACAUAGGCUUUAGGUUUCUUAAUAUACUAAACUGACAAGAUUAUGUAUGUGGCUUUAAUUUUAAAUCAUUAAACUGUAUCACAUUUCCUUUU